UCGGGGAAAAUCUCACAGGUGGCGCGGAUAUCACGCCAUUUAACAUGUCAACCUUGGUCGUGUAAAUUUUUCUCAAAAAAAGUUUCUUUUGCUGAUAAAAUUUACUAAUUCAGUGUAUUUGGCUAGACAGUGCACCUUAAUUGAUAGUGAGAUAGUUAAAUUUUGCAUUAGUGGCAAUGUUUUCCCUCAAUCAUCACAAUCAACAAAUUCUCUUCCAUCUGAGUCAAAUAUCACCCCGGCGAAAUAAUGUAUCGCUGAAGAAGCACAAAACGAAGAAGAACGCCGAGGAGGUGAAACAUAACCAAACAAUUCGCUUAGAUAAGACGAUACUGUGUCCGUUGAGUUUUCAAGAAGUCCUCCAAAACAUGCGAUAUUCCCCAUUUCCUGCCCAUCAGCGGCUCUCAAAUGCAAAUCUAACGGAACUCUGUGUUGUCCUGCAUCCGGAAAAGAAGCUGUCCAGAGAUAGAGCCUCCUGGAUGGUUAGCUAUAUCCCCGAAGAAUCCUUUAGUAUAAAUCGCACAGGAAGUGAACGAAUAUCGAAUUAUCCGGGAAGUCUUCUAGCCGGAAAGGUGGCAAAUACUCUCAAGUACAGCCUACAGAUUCGGGGUUUUAAGACAGAUAGAUCAAUAGUUGCUGAAUUAAAGAGAAAUCCGGGAAUGCUGUCCAGAAUCCGUGGAGCUUUUGGUGAGAAGCAAAAAUCUCUCAAUAAGACGAUUUCUACAAGUACCACUCUCGAUCUUGAAGGUCCCAGUAGUCGAAUGGACACAGCACAUGUUCCAGUGAGUGCUGCGUCCGGAAGUGAGACACUCAGUAAAUUGCUGCAGAAAGUGGAUGAGACUGGUCUGAAUGGGGAGCAGAAGCAGAGACUGAAGGUGGCCUUUGCCGAAGGAUACCUGGCGGCAAAUAGUGCCGAUGGAGCCAAAGGUAGUCGAACUAUGAAGUAUCUCAAGGUACUUCAGCAGAUCGUGAUUAUUAUUGUGUUCCUGGGCAUCUUCUUCAGUCUCUUCUCAUCCACAAGUGGAUCAGUCUUUAGGAUUCAGCUAGGCAACCAGGUGGAAGUGGAUCCGGAGGAGAUCAAUGUGACCUUCGAGGAUGUCAAGGGGUGUGAUGAGGCGAAGCAGGAACUUAAGGAAGUAGUUGAGUUUCUCAAGAAUCCCGACAAAUUCUCCAAUUUGGGUGGUAAACUGCCCAAGGGAGUGCUACUGGUGGGACCUCCGGGAACGGGAAAGACACUAUUGGCCCGGGCGAUUGCCGGGGAAGCGGGAGUACCGUUUUUCCAUGCUGCUGGGCCGGAAUUCGAUGAAGUGCUCGUGGGACAGGGAGCAAGGCGAGUGAGGGAUUUGUUUAAGGCGGCCAAAGAGCGGGCUCCCUGUGUAAUUUUUAUUGAUGAGAUUGAUUCUGUGGGUGCCAAGAGGACCAAUUCCGUUCUCCAUCCAUAUGCAAAUCAGACGAUCAAUCAGUUGCUGUCAGAGAUGGAUGGUUUCCAUCAGAAUGAGGGAGUUAUUGUGCUAGGAGCCACAAAUCGAAGAGAUGAUCUGGAUCAGGCUCUGUUGCGACCAGGACGCUUUGAUGUGGAAGUUGUAGUGCCGACGCCAGAUUUUGGUGGUCGUCGGGAGAUUCUGACACUGUAUCUGGCCAAGAUUCUGCACAAGGACAUUGAUAUUGAUACACUGGCCAGGGGCACGACGGGAUUCACGGGUGCAGAUCUCGAGAAUAUGGUUAAUCAAGCUGCUCUUAGGGCAGCUAUCGAUGGGGCUGAAGUGGUGACAAUGAAGCAUUUGGAAAGUGCCAGGGAUAAAGUACUCAUGGGCCCAGAGAAGAAGGCAAGGGUUCCAGAUGAAGAAGCCAAUAAAAUCACGGCCUACCAUGAAGGUGGACAUGCCAUUGUGGCGUACUACACAAAGGAGUCUCAUCCCAUUCAUAAGGUCACCAUUAUGCCAAGGGGACCAUCACUGGGACAUACUUCUUACAUCCCUGAGAAGGAGCGCUAUCAUGUCACCAAAGCCCAAUUAUUGGCUAUGAUGGACACCAUGAUGGGGGGCAGGGCAGCUGAAGAAUUGAUCUUUGGCCCGGAGAAUAUCACUUCGGGGGCAGGAAGUGAUCUGAAGCAGGCAACAUCAAUUGCAACGCACAUGGUGAAGGAUUGGGGCAUGUCCGAGAGGGUGGGUUUGCGAACAAUCGAAGGAGCAAAAGGAUUGCAGCCCAGUGAAUCUCUAGGACCCAACACAGUCGAGACGGUGGAUGCGGAGAUUAAGAAAAUUCUCAGUGAUAGCUAUGAGAGAGCAAAGGCCAUCCUCAAGGCUCAUCCGAAGGAGCACAAAGCUCUUGCAGAGGCACUUUUGAAGUACGAAACAUUGGAUUCAGAGGAUGUUAAGGCCAUCAUGGGGGGCAGUAAAAUAUCACAGGAGUCCAAAGCAUCAUAGGACGAGAGGAGGAAGAGAGAGUGAGAGAGCUCUAGGAAAUAGUGCUUAAAUUAUAAUGUAAUAUUUAGUUCAAAAAAUAGGAUGAUUCCUUCUUCCUUCACUUUUUACGAUUUUUCGUAGGACGAUUCCACUGUUGCUUCUACACUUUCAAAUAUAUCGAAAUGCGCUUGAACAUGGCAA